AUAAAUUAGAUUAUUGCAUUGAGAAAUUAAAUCGAUGCGACAAAUCGUUUUUUUUUGUUCCAUAAACAAACGCUACUAAUAACAAAACAAGAAAUAAUAUUUGUAAAUCGAUUAAAAAAUUAAAACUAUACAAUAUGGAUUGUGAUAGUAUGCAAAUGGCUAUAACAGAAGAACAUCAAUUAAGCGAACGCAAGGAAAGUGGACGAAGAGGACGAAAGCCAGGCAGAAAAACAUCAUCUGAAAAAGUUGAUGUAAAAGCUAAACUCGAGCGGAGCAGACAAAGUGCACGAGAAUGCCGUGCCCGCAAAAAACUGCGAUAUCAGUAUUUGGAAGAGUUAGUUGCUGAUCGUGAAAAAGCAGUUAUAGCUUUGCGUGCUGAACUGGAGCGAUUCAUGCAAUGCGAUAGACGAAUAGAGGAAAUGAUCUCUCCCAAUGAUAUUGAUCAGUUGCUUAAAGAUAUUGGCAUCAUUAAACAGGAAAUUUUUGCAUAAGUUUGAAUAAAAUAU